GUCAGUGCUCCGUGUUGCGUUUUCUUAAGAACACGAAAAAAAAAGAGGGGAGAGUUUCUUUCGGGUCCUCUUUUUCUUUGAUUGUCGAAAGGCCGCUCCUUUAGGAGAUUUGCGCGCUUCUCGUCGAGAUUAGCCGCCGGUGCUCGGAUCGAUCUGUUUGCGGUGGAGGAAUUUUGAGGCCAAGAAGAGAGUUGGAAUCGGAUCGGGAGUUCUUGUGGUCACAGGGUGCGAAAAAAGCGAGUGAUUUUUGGGAGGAUUUCUUGUUGGGAAAAAAUCGGUUGUUCAGCGGAUUAGAGGCGGAGAUGGGAGCCGGGGCUGAGGUCAUGCAUCAGGUCGUGCCGCUGCUGGAGCCGCCGCUCCACCGGUGCGUCGUUAAGAGCGUCGAUGUCAUGGAGGAGGUGGUUGCCGUGGCGCCUGGGCAGGUGCAGCCAGCGACGUCGCCGAAGGCGCUGUUGGAGGUUGCCGUAGAGGUGCCCGAUCUGGAGUUGAAGAGAUCUUCUAAUGCUGGGAGUAGUGUAUCUGCAGAACAACUGCAGUUUGUCCCUAUCAUUCGAUCUGGUAGCUUUGCUGAUAUUGGACCUAGGCGGUUCAUGGAAGAUGAGCAUAUUAGAAUUGAUGAUCUUUCUGGUCAUCUUGGCUCACUGUUGAUGGUCUCUGCGCCUAGCGCGUUCUACGGGGUGUUUGACGGUCAUGGGGGUUCAGAUGCAGCAGCCUACAUGAAAACACAUGCAAUGAGGUUGUUCUUUGAAGAUGCUGACUUCCCUCAAGCAUCACAAGAGGAUAAAAUAUUUGCUGAAUCUGUUGAGGAUUCGGUCCGCAGAGCUUUCUUGCGGGCUGACCUUGCACUUGCUGAUGAUUCAGUCAUCAACCGUUCUUCUGGCACCACAGCGCUGACAGCAUUGGUCCUUGGGAGGCAACUGUUGGUAGCAAACGCUGGGGACUGCCGCGCCGUCCUGUGUAGGAAAGGGACAGCGGUGGAGGUGUCAAAGGAUCACAGGCCGACAUACGACGCAGAGCGUCAAAGGGUUAUCGAGUGCGGUGGAUACAUCGAAGAUGGGUACCUCAACGGCGUACUCUCUGUGACCCGGGCUUUAGGGGACUGGGACAUGAAGCUGCCCCAAGGCUCUCCGUCGCCCCUUAUCGCAGAGCCAGAGAUCCACUGGACCACCCUGACGGAAGACGACGAGUUCCUCAUCAUCGGCUGCGAUGGGAUAUGGGAUGUGAUGAGCAGCCAGCACGCGGUGAGCACGGUCCGCAAGGGCCUCCGGAGGCACGAUGACCCCGGGCGGAGUGCCCAGGAGCUCGCCAUGGAGGCGAAGAGGCUCGAGACCUUCGACAACCUCACCGUGAUCGUUGUCUGCUUUGUCCCCGACCUCGCCGGGGGCUCGGCUACGCCCUCGGAGCAGGUGCCGGCUGGAAGGAUCAGGUGCCGCAAGAGCUUGUCGCCAGAGGCACUCUGCAAGCUGAGGAGAUGGCUCGAGUCUGACCAGUAGACGCUUCUAUCUGUAGAGGCCAGCGCCAGCCUGUGUUUCUGUGCUGUGGCUGUGUAAAUAUUGGCGCUGAUGGUGUUCCGUCUAGUACGGCUGUGCUUACACGGCCAGCAAUUUUGUAGCUGAGAGAGAGUUCCCCCCACCGCCGCUGCCGCUUUUGUUUC